AAUCCAACAUAAACCAAAAGUCUUCCCUUGUCUGCUUACCAAUACUUGAAUUAUUUCAUACACUUUCUUCCGUCUAAAUUCUUGAAUUUUAGAACUAUGUUUGAAAUGCUUCUUUUAUAUCUCUUACCUCUUCUCUUUUUAACCCUUCCCAUACUAUUCUUCUUAACAAAACCAAACAAGAAAUCUUCAACCAAAAACAACAUCACCAUCCCAAAAUCAUACCCUCUAAUUGGUUCCUACUUAUCCAUCCGAAACAUUGGAAACCGCCGUAUCCAAUGGCUCUCCGACAUCGUCCAAAUAGCACCCUCCGCCACUUUCAACCUCAACCGUCCCUUAGGCACCCGCCAAAUCAUCACCGGAAACCCAUCCACCGUUCAACACAUCCUCAAAAACCAAUUUACCAAUUACCAAAAAGGCACCAUCUUCACCAAAACCCUAUCUGAUUUCUUAGGCAAUGGAAUCUUCAACACAAACGGCGAGAAUUGGAAGUUUCAACGUCAAGUUGCAAGCCACGAAUUCAACACGAAAUCACUACGAAAAUUCGUGGAAGAUGUGGUUGACACGGAACUCACCAACCGUUUAAUCCCCAUCCUCAGUUCAUCAACACAAACCAAACAAAUCCUUGAUUUCCAAGACAUUCUCCAACGUUUCACGUUUGACAAUAUCUGCAAAAUCGCGUUUGGUUUCGAUCCAGAAUACUUAACUCCGUCGGCUAAAAGAACGAAAUUCGCACAAGCUUUUGAAGAUGCAACAGAAAUCAGCAGCAGACGUUUCCGUUUACCGUUACCAGUUAUAUGGAAAAUGAAGAAACGUUUCAACAUAGGUUCAGAAAAGCGUCUACGUGAAGCAGUAACAGAAAUAAGAGAAUACGCGAACAAAAUAGUUCGCGAAAAAAAGAAAGAAUUAAAAGAGAAUGAUUCACUUCAUACACAAGACAUGUUGUCACGAUUUUUAAGUUCAGGUCAUUCGGAGGAAGAUUUCGUAACGGAUAUAGUUAUAAGUUUUAUUUUAGCCGGUAAAGAUACAACUUCUGCAGCGUUAACGUGGUUUUUUUGGUUAUUGUGGAAAAAUCCACGAGUUGAGGAGGAAAUUUUGAAGGAAAUAAAUAAGAAAUCUGAAUCUUUGGAUUAUGAUGAAGUGAAGACAAUGGUUUAUACACACGCCGCGCUGAGUGAGAGUAUGAGAUUGUAUCCACCUGUACCGAUGGAUAGUAAAGAAGCAAUAAACGACGAUGUUUUACCAGAUGGAAUAGUUGUGAAAAAGGGUACUAUGAUUACUUAUCAUGUGUAUGCAAUGGGGAGGAUGGAGAGUUUAUGGGGGGAGGAUUGGGCCGAGUUUAAGCCCGAAAGGUGGUUGGAGAAUGAUGGAUAUGGGAAGCGGGCUUUUGUGCCGAGAGAUCCUUUUACUUAUCCGGUUUUUCAGGCUGGGCCGAGGAUUUGUUUGGGGAAAGAAAUGGCAUUUAUGCAAAUGAAAAGGAUUGUUGCUGGUAUUGUUGGAAAGUUUAAGGUUGUGCCAGAACCUCAUUUGGCCGAACAUCCAAAUUUCAUUUCUUUCUUGAGUUCACAGAUGGAAGGUGGUUUCCCUGUCACCAUUAACAAAAGGAUUUCUUAAUUAAUCCAUGAUAUCAUUCACAUUGGUUAUUAAUUAAUAAUUGAAUAAAUAAAGAUGAAGUGAUUGUUAGCUUCAUGUUUAUAAUUAUAUUAUCCUAUCUUAGGAGGCAUGAAUUUUAGGAUUGACUUUUUGUGGUACAUAUUUAUAUAGCGUGUUUUGUUUUGUAUUCUUUUGUCUGUUGUUGGAUGUUUCUUGAGGGAGAUGUAGUUGUUACUUAUUUAAAUUGGUAUCUUUUGAUUCACUUGUAAAUUACAUUUUAUUUAUUCAUUGAACUAUUUUUAGUUGAAUGGACCCAGAA